AAAAUGGCGGUAGUUGUACACAGACCCACAUGACUGAUAGCAUUUUUGGAAGUAAACUGUUGUCGUAGAAUACAUAUCAAUCUUGUUUUUUUUAAUUAAAAGCGUAACAGCAUCCAGCGAUUGUGAAGGUACAACAUGUUUGUCGCCAGAACUAUCGCCGCAGAUCACAAGGAUCUAAUUCAUGAUGUAUCCUACGACUUUCAUGGACGGAGAAUGGCGACUUGCUCCAGUGAUCAGAGUGUAAAGGUGUGGGACAAAAGUGACGAUGGAGAGUGGCAUUGUACUGCUAGCUGGAAGACCCACAGUGGAUCUGUGUGGAGGGUAACCUGGGCACAUCCGGAGUUUGGCCAGGUGCUGGCAUCCUGCUCCUUUGACCGCACUGCAGCCGUGUGGGAGGAGAUCGUGGGGGAGUCUAACGACAAACAGAGGGGCCUGAGCCACUGGAUAAAACGUACCACACUGGUGGACAGCCGGACGUCGGUGACAGACGUGAAGUUUGCGCCCAAGCACAUGGGCCUGAUGCUGGCCACCUGCUCUGCAGACGGCGUGGUGCGGAUCUACGAAGCGCCCGACGUCAUGAACCUCAGCCAGUGGUCCCUGCAGCACGAGAUCUCCUGCAAACUCAGCUGCUCGUGCAUCUCCUGGAACCCCUCCAGCUCCAGGGCCCACCCACCUAUGUUUGCUGUCGGCAGUGAUGACAAUGUAACCUACACUGGCAAAGUCCAGAUCUUCGAGUACAACGAGAACACGAGGAAGUAUGCAAAGGCCGAAACUUUGAUGACGGUGACUGACCCGGUGCACGAUGUGGCCUUCGCCCCCAAUCUGGGGCGCUCCUUCCACGUCCUCGCCAUAGCAACCAAAGACGUGCGCAUCUUCAAGCUGGUCCCUCUGCGGAGGGAGACGGCCACCUCGUCGGGCCCCACUAAGUUCGAGGUGCAGGUCAUGGCCCAGUUCGACAGCCACAACUCGCAGGUGUGGAGGGUGAGCUGGAACAUCACCAGCACGCUGCUGGCCUCCUCGGGAGACGAUGGCUGCGUCCGCCUCUGGAAAGCCAACUACAUGGACAACUGGAAGUGCACGGGCAUCCUGCGGGGGGACGGCACGCCGGUGAACGGGGCCUCGGGUCAGCCCGGAGCCGCCAACGCCGCGGGGGCCGCCGGGGCGCUCAUGUCCCAGGGCGCCGUCACCGGGGCCGUGUCCGCCGGGAGACCCAAGGCUCAGCUGAUGCCCGGCUAAUGAAGUUGUGUACCGCUCGCUGCAUGCCCCGCUCCACUCCACUCAGCUCACCACGGGAUUGGACUGUUAGGUUUUCUCUCCUUUUAUUUAAAGGAACAGUCCACUAUUUUGUGAAAUGUUGCUCAUUUUAGUCCUCCUUUGGCUUUCUCCUGUUCUUGUCGCUGUUCUCUGAUUGGCUGAGCACUACUGGCACCCUGGGGCCUAUACUACAAAACAAAGCUGGUUCAGGAGUAAGUCAGGUUAAGUUCAGAGGCAAAUCAUCUAAUAGAAGAGCCUGGAGUCUAGCCUGGUGAACCAGCGCCACCCGCUGGACGGCAAAAUGUUUUGUCUACGGGUGGGUCUGGCUUCGCAUAAUGAUUCAAUGAAGCCAGAAUGCCAUGAAUCUGGCAAACCAAUUACAACGCAAAGAUGUGUUUUGAAUCAAAGCGGGCAGGGUUUUGAGGGAAGGUUGUUCUCAUCAACAAUCUUCGGAUGUAUUAUGCAUCAAGGCCAGACUAAAUUAGACAUCCACAUUUAGUCUGGUUUAUCAGGCUACCUGGAGUCCUCAUUUUCUUAAGAAAAUGCCCCAGGCUCUUCUAUUAGAUGAUUUUUUCCUGGUUUACUCCUGAACCCGCUUCUUAGUUAAUACAGGCCCCUAGUCAGUCCUUUGUCAUACGAUCACUAGACUCAAAGAAUGGCUAGAAGAACAGGAAAAAUGUAAAACUCAAUUACUCAACUCAAAGUCGAGGUGUAAAAAGUGCAUUCCAGUUCCAAAAAUGGUGGAUUAUUCCUGUAACCCCACCCCCUUUAAGACCAACCAAUAGACCCUCUCCAUUUCCACCAUGUCACAGUUUUGUAGACAAUCUUGAGUUAAAGGAGAGGAUCUUCUUCUGGACCCUGUUUUGUGACCACUGCCGUGCUCACAGGCUAUUGUAUUCUAGUGCUGUAUUUGAUUUUUCUUUCUUUCUUUUUUUCUUUCUCCUUUUUUUGUUUUGAUAAUGUGUUUUGGUUUUCUUUUUAAAAUCCUACUGGCAGUAUGUGACUCAUGUGAGCACAACCCCUAGUUGUGCUACCAAAUGUAGUGUAGAUCUGCUCUUAACAAAAGUCCCCCCCAUUCCCGACAGUACCUUUCAGCAUUGAUUUCCCGUGAGUGAAUUGUUCUCGACUGCCUUGUCUUUUUUGGCGGAGAGAGAAUCUACACCGUGCAUUUGGAUUGGCUCGAAACCUAAAAUUAGUGGUUGCCCAGGAAACUAGCCCUUACACUCGACAAGCCAAAUUUUUGUCUGAUGCUUGUGUGUGCCACGUAUGAUUGUGUGAAUAUGUCUCUAACAACUGAUUCUUUUUUUUCACCUCACUGUUGUAUUGUUUUAAUAAUAAUGGCCCUUAAUGAAUGCAUUUAAUAAUA